GUCAUCGACCACGUCCCGCUCAAAAGCGGCCUGCACCCCAGGCACCAACAAUUGCCGUCGACACAGGAGGCAGUAACGUUAGCUCAUUACUCGUGGAGUUUAAUGGAGAUGCGCUAGGUUUCAGCGCCAAACGCCCACUGUCCAUUGGGACCAUUGGCACAACCCUGGAUCGACCAAGCUGCAAAUCUCAACGACCUCGACCAUGAUUCGUCGCCUCCUUCUCCUGCGCCUCGCGGGGUCUGGGAGGCUCCUACGCACAUUCGCCCACAGCACCGCUCCCCGCGCCGCCGCCCGCAACGAAUUCCGUGGCCGGCCACAGCUCCCCUUCCUCUCCGUUACCUCCACCCGUGGUGGACGAGUUCGCUAUCUCACAACCGAACGAAAGGCUCAGCUCAAGUACGAGAUCAAGACCGGCAUUAAAUACACGGGUUACAUCUGGAUCGCUGGAUUCGCCCUACUUGGUUCCUGGUUCGCCAUCGUCCAGGAGCGCCUCGAGCGCAGGUAUCCCACGCCGCACGAAUGGAGCUACCGAACACGCAUGGACUUCCGUGGUGGCAACUGCGCGAGGUUCGAACCGUCCCCGGGCAAAAUCACAGACUGGCUCCAGGUGGCGUGGUGGUUUGAGACGACCGUGAAGCGGCUGCAAGACCCCACCAUCGACGGGAAAGAUGUGAAGGACGCCCCACACGACCUGCCACCGGGUACGAAAGAUGUCACGGAGAAGUCGGAGGAGUGGAGGAGAGGGUAUUAUGAAGCAAUGAUGGGAUAUGCCAAAGCGGCCGAGUACGUGGAAGGCUGGGUGCUGGAUAAGUCGAGGAACAUUGUGUUCCCCGCAGGAACCAUGAUCGGGCCGUCGAAUCCCUACCCCAAGCCCCUCCCCGCCGGCUUCAAGGGCGCGCCCAGAGAGGAAGACUGCGAGCUGCGGUUCGAGUCGCCCGACGACAUCUACCUCCAGAUCCUCCAUACACCAGGGUUCACAACCCGGCAGAAGAUCGAAGCCGGCCUGGCGUACGGUUCCUGGCUCGACUACAAGGGCGUCAGCGGCCCCGCAAGCAUCAUCUUCGAGGACGCAGUGCAACUCGCCGCCACCGAACGGCACGACCUCCCCGCCGAGCCUCUCAACACCAAAACCUGGACCCUCAACGACGCCGCCGGCCCCCCGUCAGAAAACCUGCUCAACUCCCUCACAGCAUACGCCACAUUCCGCGCCCGCCAGGGCGCCCUCAACUCGGCUCUCCCCAUCCUCGUCUCCAUCCUCAAAGCCCGCCGCAGCCUUCCCGCAUCCACCUCCAUCCCAACCCGUACCUCCCUCUCCGCCGCCCUCAACCACAACAAACCCACCCAACCCCAACCCACCCAAAACGGCAGCAGCAAACCCCAACAAAAACCCACCAUCUACUCCAAACUAACCCACCUCCUCGCCCCACCCCCUUACCCACCCCCGCCACCAGACGGCACCGCCCCCCCGACGCGCGACGCGCUCGACCUCUGCCAGGAAGCCGCGCUGUCCCUGCACAUCGGCGAGAUCAUGUACACGACCUCCCCGACCGGCCGCGAGGAAGGGCUCGGCUGGACGCGCGAGGCCGUCGACGUCGCCGAGGAGCAGCUGCACCAGCUGCCGCAGACGGUCGACCCGGACAGCCCCGCGCGCGCCGCCUGCAAGGAGUGUCUUGCGACGGGGCUGGGGAACUGGGCGGCGAUGGUUGCGCGGUUGGCGAAGGAGGAGGAGAAGAGGAAGGCUGCGUCUGCUGAUGGGGGGAGGAAGAUUGCUGGGAGUGGUGGUGGGGGGUGGUUUGGUGGGUUGUGGGGGGAGGGGGUGGUGGCCAAGGUGGAGGAUGUGGAUCGCUGGGCGGCGGAGGAGAAGGUUAUUGAGGAGAGGCAGCGGAGGGUGAGGGAGUUGUUGGAGGAUUUGAAGCCGCCGCCGAGAGGCAUUUUGUCGUUUUUGCAGGCUUGAUUGACGCUGGUUAGCUUGGUGUGUUUGUUCGUGGUGGUGGGGUGGUGGCUGGGAGCUUGUAUAAAUUGUUGGACGAAUGUAUGGAUAUGGAUGGGUGGUUGUGUUCGUUCAGUGUCGUAUUUGUAUUGUACAACACGCUCAUCCGUCGAGCAACGUGGGACGGGCAGGCUGGCAGGGUCAGAUUAACAGUAUCUCACAGGGCGGGAGACAGAGGGGGGGAUAAGCUCAAAAUUGAGGAGGCUGUACUGGCUAUGUGGUAUGUGGAAUCCCCAAUACCUCGCGCCAAUUGCCUCAAGAGUGCUAAAGCUCUAAUCUAAAUCAAGUCCAAUGAA